GAGAGACAGAGAGAAAGAGAAAGAGAAGGAGAGGUUUUUGUGCUUUUUUUUUUUUUUUUAAAUCUCAACUCUUCGUUAUCAUUUUCAUCACAAAACCACAGAGACAGAACAGAGAAGAGAAAAUGUCUUGAAUCUUUCUUUUUUGUUCUUUUCUACAUUAUUCGUUGCGUUUUCUUUGAAUUCUCCGAUCUUCUGAUUCGCAAUUCUCAAGGAAUUUCAUUUUCCAUUUGUUAAUCAGAGCAGAUAAUUAUUUGUUUCUCUCUACCUACUUUGUAGAUUUUUUAUUUACUCUGAACAUCGUUUCUUUAUGGUGAGUAUAUCGAAUUAAUCGUGGGAUUCAGUUUGCUUGUAUUUUCUCUUGUUGGAUUUUGUUUUUCCUGGUUUAAUUUUGUUCUGAAUUGUUGUUGAGCAAAUUGAGAUCUAUCAUUCGGUGGGAAUUCUCAGGAGUUUCACUUGUAGAGAAAUGUUUUGCUGAAUUGGAGACUAAGAUCGGGAUCUGAUCGUCGAAGUUGUGUUUUGGUUGGUUUGGUGGAAAUUGUAUUUGAGUGGGAGUUCGAAUUCUCUGGAAUUUUACGAAAGGAUUGUGAUUUUGGGUUAUCCGUUUUUAUCUGGACUGGUUUGGGGUUUAAGGGAUUUAGAUGUCUUUCUAUUUUGAUCGUUCAUUGAGAAAAUUGCAAAUUGAUUUGAAUUGCUUCUAGGAGUUUUAAAUUCGUGGAAUUUGGUUAAAUUGAGUGUGUAGAUUGGUUUUAUGGAAGCUGAUAUCCAAUUCUAAUUCCAUGAUCAUGUAGAGCAGAAACCAAAUCCUGAAUUUGGAAGUAGCAGCUUGAAUUGUAAUUCCUGAAACACAGUCCCAGAUGAAUUAUUGCUGUGUAAAAGUUGGAUCGAUCACGGAUGUGAACAUUCGACUGAUCUAUGUUGGGAAUCUUGGGAUCUCAAAUAAUAUGAUGAUUCCAGUGGAAAUUAGUUUUUAUUUACAUUGAUGCCAAAUUUUAUGAGGAUUUUAUUCUAAUUGACGUGAUAUAAUUACUGCAGAUUUUUUAAUUCCAGUGAUAGUUUUCUUAGAACAAUUUAGCGUGAAGACGUGUUUCUUUGAUUCUUUUUGUUGAUCAGCGGGUUCUUAUGUUAUUAUCCUAUCAGAUCACAAUCGAUGUGUUUUUCUAGAAUAUUUUUGGGUAUAUUCUGCUUCUCAUUGGGCCAUGAUAUUAUGGAUCUCUGUUUUGGAUGAUGGCUGGUGGGUCAGUUAUGAUCAUUGUUCAUUUAAGGGGUCCUAAAUUUUCUUGUGCAUGUGAAAUUUGGACGAUGUUAUUUGUUUUUCUGAUCUCUCAAAAGCAAAUGCUGGUUAUCACAAUAUAUGCUUGCGAUGUUUCUUAUUUUUCUUUGAUUGAGAUCGUUGCUUGUUCGUCCUUGUACCAUGCGGUUCAGAUGGAGUUGUCGAAUUGCAUCUAUAGUCGGUUGAUUUAGUUUUUUUUAUCUCUUGUGGAUUUGAUGACAGUGAAGGAAUGUGGGCAGCGUAAUUGUCAUGUUUGCUUAAGAUAUGGUGAUGAAGAAGAGGCAAGAUUAUGGUUUCAAUGGCUUCCAUGUUCCCUUCAUUCCUCGGGCUCCUAGAUCAGCUAGACUGAGGGGUCUGCAUAAAAAGAAAGUUGUUGAUGGUCAAAUAUGUCCAUUUGAAUUACUUGCUGCUUUAGCUGGAAAAUUAUUGCUGGAGAGUGAAGGUUCUUCUGCUUCUAGUAGUGCAUCUGAUACAAAUCAAUCUGCAUUUGGUGAUGGUGUUAUUAAACAGGAGCGAAAUGAAGAUAAACUGCUGAAAACUGAAUGCUUUGAUCAGGGAAGCUGUGAAGAAAGUAUUUUUCUCCCUGAGGUUGGUCCAUCAAAUGGUGAUAAAAAGUGCCUUCUAAAGGAAUCCCAACAUGUAGAGAGUGAAGCUGUUCUGGAGCGCUCCUCAAUAAUCACCAAUUCAGAAUCCUCAGAGAAAAAUAGCAGUAAUGUUAAGUCUGUGAUUUGCAAAAGCAAGAUUUCAUGUGAUAAUUUCUCGUGUAAAUUAGAGGGAAGGUCUCCUCAUGUUGAGGAACACAGUGCUGAUUUUGUGAAAAAUGGAUUCAGCAGACAGCGAGAGGCUGAUGGUAUGGAGAAUGGAGGUCUGACUAUUGAUAACGCAUCCAAUUUAAAGGAUCCUAUGGACUUGUGUAGGAAAUUUCCUGCACUGAUCAAUUCAGAUAAUAAUGUCAAAUUUCCACCAUGUAGGAACCCUGUUCCUGAUGCCUCUGUUUUAAGGCUUAGGAAUGAUAGCAAAUUAGGUAUUAGAGAUGAUGACGAAAAUUUUUCUAGGUGUAACAAACCUGGCACCAAGCCAAGAGCAUUUAGGUAUCAAUCCCGAAUUGGGGACCGAAGAAUGAGGAAAUUAUUGGCCUCUAAAUACUGGAAAGUAGCUCCAAAACUGAGGGAUUGCGAACUUUCAAAUGUUGGUUUUUCAGAUGGGGGAAUAAGGCCUCUUUAUCGCAAGCGAAAAAUAUGUUACAGUCGUGAAAGAUAUCAACAUGAUACUCUUUACAAGAGGAGGAAGUUUUCUGACCAUAGCUUAACUGCGACAUCUGAUGGAGGGUUCAGCAGUGAGAGUGUUUGUAAUUCUCCAGAAAAGAUAAAUAUGGACAAGAAUGGCCCUGCUUCAAUGUUUAGUGGAGCAAAUGGGUUUUCAACGUCAUCAAUUAUUGGCCACCAAUCUUUCCAUUCCAAGAAUUCUCAUGUGAAGUUCAGCAUUAAGUCCUUCAGGAUACCAGAGCUUGUUAUUGAGGUUCCUGAAACUGCAACUGUUGGUUCACUAAAGAGGACAGUUAUGGAGACUGUGACAGCUAUACUUGGAAGUGGUUUAUGCGUUGGAGUGCUUCUUCAUGGAAAGAAGGUUAGGGAUGAUAACACAACCUUACUACAGACUGGUAUCAGUUCUAAAGAGAAUCUUGAUACUCUGGGUUUCACAUUGGAACCUAGUCCUGUGCAAGCUCCUCCAACUGUGUGCACUGAAGAUCCUCCCAUUCCAUUACCUUGUGACAUGUCUCAACUUGUACCAAGGUCCCCAGCUGCUCCUGUUUUAGACUUGGGGACUUCUGAUGCCUUACCUGACCCUCCUAUGUUGACUAAUUCAGAAAGUAGAAUUGACAGUAAUCACAAAUCAGUUUCCUCCCAUACUGACAAAUUAGCCGACAAAACAAUGUCAGAAUCUAGAGCUCUGGUUGCAGUUCCACCUGUGAGUGUUGAGGCACUUGCUGUUGUUCCUGUUAACCAGAAAGCUAGGCGAUCUGAUCUGGUACAGCGUCGAACCAGGAGACCAUUUUCAGUCUCAGAAGUAGAAGCACUUGUGCAGGCAGUUGAGGAUCUGGGAACUGGAAGGUGGCGUGAUGUUAAGUUAAGAUCUUUUGAAAAUGCAGACCACCGAACUUACGUGGAUUUGAAGGACAAAUGGAAGACAUUGGUUCACACGGCCAAGAUUGCCCCUCAGCAAAGAAGAGGGGAGCCCGUGCCCCAGGCGGUGUUGGACAGGGUCUUGGCUGCUCACGCAUACUGGUCUCAGCAUCAAGCCAAGCAACAUAGCAAGAAUCAGGGUGCAGUUGUAAAGAUCACCGAGACCCAUGGCCAUGGUGGUAGAAAUGGAGUUGAAGGUGAGCUUCAGUUGUUGUGAUGUAAAGAAAAGGGAAUUGUUGACAGGAACAGAGAAGAAGAAACUUGUACAAAUGAUUGAAAAUUUGUGUAAUAUUUUCUCACACUCACAUGAUUCAUAGCCACCUGCCUAAUGGCAUUUGUAAAUGAUUGGAUGAAAUAAAGAAUAGUCUAACAGAAAAUUAGAGUGUUUUUUCAAUUCAUUGAUUUAAUUGUUGUAAUUGUAACAGAUUGAACAGAAGACUCUGAAUAAGUGAAAUGUAAAUUUUGUUUUUA